CGCCACCGGCGUCGUGCUAACGACGGCAAAGACGGCUACAUCAACGUGCCAAACCUGAACGAUAGGCGAACCAAAGAUUUUUUUAAGUGAAAAAGGGUGCUCCUCGAUAGACUGUUAUAAAAUUUGUGCUCAAGAAUGAAACUUGCAAUACUACUGUUUGCCUCUCUGGCAGUAAGCGUCCGAUCUGAUUUCGAAGGUUACAAUUAUCCAAAGCCGAGUUGCAGUUUCGGUGUAUCCACGCUCACUCUUACGAAGACCUCGACGGCGUUCCAAACUCGCACGCAAACCAUCACCAAUGCACCACCACCGCGGACGGAAACUGUGACCCGAACAUCGUCGGUGAUUGUUACCUCUGCGUACACACAAACCGUCCCAGUGUACAACACUGUCACGCGUACGAAUACACUCACCGUAUCGGCACCACCUCCACCACCUAGAACCAUAACCAAUACCAUCACGCUGCCACCAGUGGUAUCGACCGUUACAUCUACUAGCAUUCGUGCUACCCCUGUCUACAAGACAAUCACAAAUGUCCAAACCAUCACCCAACCACCGGUGACUCUGCCAGCUCAAACUGUCGUUAGAACAAUCACGCAACCUCCAGUGACUAGAACUGAAACCAAUAUACAGACAACUACUGUUCCAGUUGUAUCGCGUGUAACCAGCAUUGUAAAAGUACCGGGCCCAACAGUGACUCUUCCACCAGAAACCAUCUAUUCGACUAAGACUCUUCCCCCAGUUGUUCGUACGACCACCUCAUUGAUCACUACAACUACCGCGGUCACUCAGUAUAGUACCAUAACCAUACCCCCAUCAACUCUGACCAUACCCGCUCAAACUGUCUACAGAACGCAAACCGUGCAACUACCUCCGCUGACCACAACGGCUGUAGUUGUCACCCCAAGCCCAGUCUAUCAAACCGUUCUGCUAACAGAGACCCUUACGUUGCCAUCUCCACCACAACCUGUCCGCAUUAUCUAUUCCACCAUUGCCCUGCCUCCUCUAACCGAUACCAUCAUACUAACAAGUACAUUGAUCAGACACGAAACGCAGCUACUCUACAGUACUGUGAUCAGAACCAUUGCCACUCCGGUGCUCCAGCAAGUGACCAAAACUGUUCAACUACCAGCGGUCACCUCUACCAUCUGUAAACCAACGAAUGCAUAUCUACCGGCGGCACCGACAAAUGAAUAUAUCCCCUCGCAGAAGAGCUUCAUCGAUAAUCAACCACGAUACAACGAUAUCUUCUCUUACUGAAAUGAUCAUCAGAACAAGGCGUUGCUCGAAGUGUAAUGGCUUUUAAGAGUGUACAGUAAACGAAGGCAA